AUGGCUCCUCCACCUCUUCUGCAUGCUCUUCAAUCCUUUAGAUCAUCUCGUCGACAAACCGUUAUCUCCUGCCAUACCAUCAUUCACAGCCGUCCCCAGAAACUAAGCCUGGUCUUCACUGAGCUAGGCUCGUUUUCCUCCAACAAGACAUCCAACGGCUUUUACCAAAGACGCCGACACUUCUUCACCCAGAUUAGUGCCGAUGGGAACUUCGAAGUGACUCUGUCUACCAAGGCUACACUGCACUUUGACGGGUUGGUGGAGUGGAAACCUCCAGCCAUUUACAAGUCAUCAUGUGAGAUCGAUGUAGAGUUUUUUCCCUUCGAUGAGCAGACGUGCGUCAUGAAGUUUGGCUCCUGGACGUACGAUGGCUUCCAGGUUGAUCUACGACACAUAGACGAGGUUACGAACAACCCCAUCGUCGAGAUCGGUGUUGACCUCACCGAGUUCUACAUGUCUGUGGAGUGGGACAUUCUUGCUGUGCCUGCCAUCAGGAACGAGAAGUACUACACGUGCUGCAACGAGCCUUACCUGGACAUCACUUUUAACAUCACCAUGAGACGGAAGACUCUCUUCUACACGGUCAACCUCAUCAUCCCCUGCAUGGGUAUCUCCUUCCUCACAGUACUUGUCUUCUAUCUGCCCUCAGACUCGGGAGAGAAGGUGAGCUUGUCCAUCAGUAUUCUGCUCUCCCUCACUGUGUUCUUCCUGCUGUUGGCAGAAAUUAUCCCGCCGACGUCGCUGGUGGUGCCGUUACUGGGCAAAUUCGUGCUGUUUACCAUGAUAUUGGACACGUUAAGCAUCUGCGUGACGGUGGUGGUGUUGAACGUUCACUUCCGCUCCCCGCAGACGCAUUCAAUGGCGCCCUGGGUCAGGAGGGUCUUUAUACACAUCCUCCCGCGCCUCCUCGUCAUGCGACGACCCCAGUACCAAAUGGAUCGUCACCGUCUCUUCGCCAAGACCAAGGUGGGCAUGUUGAGGUCCUGCAACGGGGGAGACAUGCGGGAGUCCUGUAAUUACUACUCCACUGAGUCCUUCCAGGAUUCCAGAGAUAACUCCUUCAGCCAGCAGGAACUGAGGGACGCUAUCCAAGAGGGACUUAUGUAUAUGGGGAUCCCCAGCAGCCGGCCUCGCUCCCCACGCAGCGAGUACUCUCCCAGCCGGGAUAUAGAAUCACUGGGUAUCAACGGAGGUUGCAAGAUCCACGGUCCCGCAGCGCUGGCCGAUGACUUGGGUGUCGGUCUCAACGGGAACGUGGGGUCUCCGGGCAGGGGCACUACUGAGAACGGUAGUACCCAGUACUGCCCAGAGGUCAUAAAGGCCUUCGAGGGCGUCAGAUUCAUCGCCGAGCACACACGCAGGGAGGAGGAGUCCUGUAAGGUGAAAGAGGACUGGAAGUAUGUGGCGAUGGUGCUGGAUAGGUUGUUCUUGUGGAUCUUUACCCUGGCCGUUCUUUUGGGCACGGCCGGUAUCAUUCUACAAGCACCUACGCUAUACGACGACCGUCUGCCCAUCGACAUCGUCUACUCGGAGAUCGGAUCCAUCAAGAAUCAGCCGAAGACGACCGCAGCCCCAUCCAGUGUAACCUGAGGAGUGUUACAGUGGAGUGCUGCUUGGGGCAGCAGCAUAGUCAAACCAACACACUGUAGCCACAAAGUGAUUGAGACACCUCACCUUCUCGGCGCUUGUGACCACAACUAGCUCAGAUAUAUAUUAUAUGCACAACAUAUACAACAUUUCGAAUGGACCACGGGCUUACUACAGUACAAGAAACGAUCAGUUUAAUUUUGCCCUCAUGUGUAGUAGCAAGACUAUAAAUGUAAAUCUUGUACAGCCAGGCAGUGAGUUGUGAAUAAUAGCAGAGAAUAGCAAGCAGUGUUGUGAGGCUGGGACUUGAGUGUGUAUACUGAUAUUCACUCUUGUUUACUCUUGACUCGGGUAGCACAUUUAUAUAAAAAAAAAGUUAAGUGCAAACUUGAGAACACGGUUUAUUUACAUGCACAACGACAGACUCUUGAGUGUUGACGAGCACCUCUUGCAGAGUGCUAGCGGCGGCAAGCACUGCACUCAACUGUGGACCAUUAGCGGCCAUAUUGCUCAAGUGCCGAGACGUUUGGACUACAAGUAGCCAGAUACAAGUGAACUUGUGCAGAGUAUUAGCUACACCUUCCAUGUACAUUGUGUGAAAAGCUCACCACGUGCGUCAGACAAUGCUAGUUGCUUCGAGUUUACUGAAAAUUGGGAUUUUCCUUUUGAGUCUUUCCUUUCAUGUAGUUAUUAUUUAGUUACUUGGAAAAAAAUGUGCUUUUCCACUAUUAUGUGUACAUUACUUUUAGGAAUUUUAAAAACCUGUUUGUGUUAUAGAACGAAGUUAGUGUUUCAAAAUCCUAGUGUGCAAACACUGUAUAGUGGUUGGUGCAGGUGGUGACACUGUACAAGGUUGUGUAAUGACUGGUGGAGUGACACUGUACAAGGUUGUGUAAUAACUGGUGGAGUGACACUGUAUAAGGUUGUGUAAUAACUAGUGGAGUGACACUGUACAAGGUUGUGUAAUAACUGGU